AUGGCUUCCUCUUACGACCCCGUUAUUCUUGUUACUCUGGUGAUUACUGCAUUGGUUUCACAUGCACGUGUGGUUGAGUCCAGAUCACUCUCCAACCUAUCUACCACCCUGAGCCUUGCUGUUAGGUUGAAGCUGGAGGGGCAAGGUUGCCGCCAAGCUAUUAGGGUUAUUGGACAUGAUUGCUGGCAUAACAUCGUUGCUUCUCUUGGGUUCACCACUGAAGAGACUGAUAUAUUGGAGGGAUAUUGUGAUGAGAUUGUUCAUUCACCUCCACCGCCAUUGGUAGAGCCUUAA